GAAAUUCGGCUAACAACAAAUACGUCAGGGUCUAUUAUCCCAUGGAACAAUACACAGCCAAGACUAAAUGAAUGACUCUCAUCAAUGGAUAACAAAACCAGGGUGACUAUGCCCAAACGAACAUCACAACAGGUCCCCUAGCCCAGCUGAGGCGUAGGCUGCCUUGGCAUAACCGAAGGGAGGAGCCACGACGACGGACGAAGCAGAUAUUAUGGAGUUGUUACCUGGCCAGACAUGAGAAAAUAACCAAAACCACCACUUGGUGGAAUGACCGGGCCAAGCCAAAAUAUUGGGGGGAGGGGGCCGGGGGGGAAGCUGUGGUCAACAAACUUGGGUACUCAUGCUUGCUUAGGGGGGGAAAUAAAAUGUAUCUCUGGAGUCUCGUGUAUGUACGCCCAGCCAGAUGGUCAAAGAGCAAAGCAUUCCGGACUAGCAAGCUCCCCUGAACAUGGCGGGACGAUCGAGGAACGAGGCACCUGCCGACCCACAGGCCAUCCGAGGACCUUCGGGGGUUCGUCCCGGAUAGGGCUUCGAUUCCUAGACAGCAGAGUGUCUGGCGGCGGAUACUGGAAUGCAGACUGGAGUUCUGGACCAUGGGCUGUGAUUCUCGUGCUGGCUGGGAUGAGGCUCGACUGUGGUCUCUCAGUGCCCAAGUUCUCAAUACAUGUUCCUACGAGGUUGGAAUCGCUCAAGGUUGAAUCACGAUGCAGGUACAGAUCCGCCAGAGACAGUUGAAGCAGACGUUGAGUUCAUUGUUUCUGAAGGCAGAAGGCUGGAAA